AUGGCGAAAUCAAAGUCGAAGCAAGCAGCGGCGGUCAUACAACGUCAAGACAGCUCCGAUGCAGCCUCUGAGCCGUCGCAGUCGCAGUCGCAGCAGAUCGACACCACCACCUUGACUCUUGCCAUCAAGAAGUCGAAGCAGCAGGCCAAAACCCACAGGGAAAAGCGCGAGAAGGAAAUCGAACGUAUCCGCGCCAGUCGUCUCGAGCAAGCAAACACCAAGCUAAACGCCGCUCGGGCAAGAGGCAAUGAGAGACUCCGUGCCAUGCAACGUCCCAAGAUCAAGCGCUUGCAAGAACUUCUCCAACAAAAAAAGGCCAUCGAGGAACUUUCCGAGCAAUGUCACAUCUCCCUCGCACAAGCCUGGACAGCAACGUUGAGUCAAAUCAACCAAGCAGUGAAAGAUCGCCAGGUGGAUUGGGAGGAGUCGUCGGACGUAUCAGACGAAUAA